UGUCAGUCACCAUGGUGGCAUACAACAGAGCACAGCGGCGGCGGACCUAUCUCCACUUUUAGCUCCAUUAAAAAUGCUAAAAUAAUGGGAUUUCUCAGUGAGUGCUCUCGGGUCUACCUCUCAAAAUGGACUUAGGUGUAUUACUGACAGGUUAGCAGUUUCGGUUAGCAUACUUUUUUGUGUUUGCUGGUGCGUAAUUUCUUUCCGUCGCUAGCAGAAUGCUGAAGAGACAAGGAAUGGCUUUCAUGAACGCUGGCUUGGAUAAAGGGACAUUUUCUGCACUAAGAAAAUAACUCCAAAGAGACAGUUUGAGCUGCGGCUUUGUGAGAAGUUUCCUCCCGGUGGGACGGGUGUUGGCAGCCGGUUUCGGGCACAGAGAGACAGACACCCCGAGGAGACUGUCGGCUGUCUGGCUCCAGUCGUGGCCUGGCACUCCCAGCUUAUCCGCUAGCAUUGGGAUCACAAGCGACAAGAAUACAGCCAAGACAGCAAGGGGAGGGGAGGGGGGGGCAUUUAUUUUGUUUAUAUCCGUGGCUCUGGAUAUUCAUAAACACUUAUACAGGAUAAGAAAUUCAAUAUCCUGCAGACGGUGUCUUCCAAAACAAUGGCGUCCUAUGUGGAUAACAGCUUUCGGCAGGCUGUGAUGAUGAAUCCGGCUGAAAGGACGCAACAGGACCUGGAGAUCGUCUACUCGUAUCUCCACGGGAUGGAGGCCUUGUCCAACCUGCGGGAGCACCAGCUGAGGAUAAUGUGUGAGACGGUGCGCUAUGAGAGACAUGAGGCCAAUGAAGUGCUAUACUACCCUGACGACGUCGGGAGCUGCUGGUACAUCCUGCUGUCCGGCUCCGUCUUCAUCAAGGAGUCCAUGUUCCUGCCCAGAAGCAGUUUUGGGAAGCGAUCAGCAGGCAGCCUGCGACGUGGAUGUGAGUGCAUCGUCCUGGAACCCUCAGAGAUGAUUGUGGUGGACUAUAUGGAUGAAAAUGAGGAGUACUUUCAGCGACAAGCCUCGCACAGACAGUCCCGUCGGCGCUUCCGGAAGAUCAACCAGAAAGGGGAGCGGCAGACGAUCAUCGACACCGUGGAUCCGUAUCCCACCGGAAAGCCGCCCAUAGCCCGGGGGUAUCACACGCUCCCCGCAGACUUCAGCAGACUUCACCUGGCCGACGGCUUGCACCCACAGGUGACCCGCGUGUCCUCCAGCCACUCAGGAUGUAGUAUCACCAGCGACUCUGGAAGCAGCAGCCUGUCAGACAUUUAUCAGGCCACAGAAAACGAACAAGGCGACAUGGACCUCAGCGGCUUGCCAGAGACCGCUGUGGACUCCGAGGAAGACGACGAUGAGGAGGACAUCGAGCGAGCGUCGGACCCCCUCAUGAGUAGGGACAUCGUGCGGGACUGUCUGGAGAAAGACCCCAUGGACAGAACUGACGAUGACAUAGAGCAAUUACUGGAGUUCAUGCAUCAGCUGCCAGCGUUCGCCAACAUGACGAUGUCAGUGAGGAGGGAGCUGUGCGCCGUCAUGGUGUUUGCUGUGGUGGAGCGCGCCGGCACCAUCGUUCUCAAUGAUGGAGAGGAGCUGGACUCGUGGUCGGUGAUCCUGAACGGCUCGGUGGAGGUGACGUACCCCGAGGGCCGCACAGAGAUCCUGUGUAUGGGGAACAGCUUCGGGGUGUCACCCACCAUGGAGAAGGAGUACAUGAAGGGCGUGAUGAAGACCAAGGUGGACGACUGCCAGUUUGUGUGCAUAGCCCAGCAGGACUACUGCUGCAUCCUCAACCAGGUGGAGAAGAACAUGCAGAAGGUGGAGGAGGAAGGGGAGAUCGUCAUGGUGAAGGAGCACCGCGAGCUAGACCGAACCGGCACCAGGAAAGGACACAUCGUCAUCAAGGGCACAUCGGAGCGUCUCACCAUGCACCUGGUGGAGGAACACUCAGUAGUGGACCCCACCUACAUCGAGGACUUCCUGUUGACCUACAGGACCUUCCUCUCCAGCCCCAUGGUCGUGGGCAGGAAGCUCCUGGAGUGGUUCCACGACCCCAGCCUCAGGGACAAGGUUACACGGGUAGUCUUGCUGUGGGUAAACAAUCACUUCAAUGACUUUGAGGGUGACCUUGCCAUGACUCAAUUUCUGGAAGAGUUUGAAAACAAUCUGGAGAAAGAAAAAAUGUGUGGGCACCUCAGACUGUUAAACAUAGCGUGUGCUGCUAAAGCCAAGCCGCGGCUGGUGACGCUGACCAAGCCGUCCAGGGACUCUCCGCUGGCCUUCACCCUCCUCGGAGGUCAGGAGAAAGGUUUCCGCGUCUUCAUCGAUGCCGUGGAGCCCGGGAGCAAGGCAGCAGAAGUUGGCCUUAAGCGUGGAGAUCAGAUCUUGGAGGUGAACGGGCAGAACUUCGAGAAUGUGCAGCUCAACAAAGCCAACGAGAUUCUGAAGAACAACACACACUUGUCCAUAACUGUGAAAACAAACCUUUUAGUUUUUAAAGAUCUGCUCACCAGGCCAGAACACGACCAUGAUCUGGACGGUGAGGAGGAACACGAGAGAAAGAACGGAGCGCCCCACCUCCCAAAGAUCGGAGACAUCAAGAAGGCGAGCCGCUACUCCAUCCCCGACCUGGCGGUGGACGUGGAGCAGGUGAUGGGCCUGGAGAAGGUCAGCAAGAAGGCCAAGUCCAACUCUGUGGGAGGACGCAACAAGCUGAAGAAGAUCUUCGACAAAACACUCACCAGCAUCCUGCCGCCUAAACCAUACAAUGACGUUUGCGUGGGCCAAUCGCAGGACGACAGCAUCGUGGGGAUGAAGCAGUCCAAACAGAUCGCACUGCCAGCUCUGCCCGUCAGCGGAAACCUCUCGUCGUCAAACCCCGACCUGCUGCAGUCUCACCACCGUAUCCUCGACUUCAACAACCAGCCUGAUAUGUCGGACCAGGUGUUGCGAGUCUUCAAGGCGGACCAGCAGUCCCGGUACAUCAUGAUCGGGAAGGACACCACGGCGAAGGAGGUGGUGGCUCAGGCUAUCAGGGAGUUCGCUCUGACAGCAGCUCCUGAAGCGUACUCGCUGUGUGAAGUGUCCGUCACUCCGGAGGGCGUCAUCAAACAGAGGAGGCUACCUGACCAGCUCUCCAAACUGGCCGACAGGAUUCAACUGAGCGGCAGAUACUACCUGAAGAGCAACAUGGAGACGGAGACGUUGUGUUCGGACGACGACGCUCAGGAUCUCCUGCGGGAGGGCCAGAUCUCUCUGCUGCAGCUCAGCACGGUCGAGGUGUCCACGCAGCUCUCCAUGAGGGCCUUCGAGCUGUUCUGCGCCAUCGAGCCCACCGAGUACAUCGACGACCUCUACAAGCUGCGCUCCAAGACGGGCUCGUUCAGCCUGAAGCGCUUCGAGGAGGCCAUCAACCACGAGACCUUCUGGGUGGCCACGGAGGUGACACGCGAACCCAACCAGCUGAAGAGGAUGAAGAACGUGAAGCACUUCAUCAAGAUCGCCCUGCACUGCCGCGAGUGCAAGAACUUCAACUCCAUGUUCGCCAUCAUCAGUGGUCUGAACCUGGCUCCAGUCUCCAGGCUGAGGGGAACGUGGGAGAAGCUGCCCAGUAAGUACGAGAAGCUGUUCAGCGACCUGCAGGACCUCUUCGACCCCUCCAGGAACAUGGCCAAGUACAGGAACGUGCUGAACAAUCAGAACCUGCAGCCGCCAAUUAUCCCCCUGUUCCCCGUCAUCAAGAAGGACCUCACCUUCCUGCACGAAGGCAAUGACUCCAAAGUGGACGGCCUGGUGAACUUUGAGAAGCUGAGGAUGAUCGCCAAAGAAAUUCGCCAUGUGGGUCGCAUGGCCUCUGUCAACAUGGACCCAGCCCUCAUGUUCCGCACAAGGAAGAAGAAAUGGAGGAGUUUAGGGUCUCUAAGCCAGGGUAGUGCCAAUGCGGCGGUGCUGGACGUCACGCAGACCGGCGGGCACAAGAAGAGGGUGAGACGAAGCUCCUUCCUGAAUGCCAAAAAGCUUUACGAGGACGCGCAGAUGGCCAGGAAGGUCAAACAGUAUCUGUCCAACCUCAGCCUGGAGACCAACGAGGAGAGUCUGCAGACGCUCUCCAUGCAGUGCGAGCCCUCCAUCAGCACACUGCCCAAGAACGCCGGUGGGAAACGACCAGAUACUUCCCCGGUGGUGUGCCGAGCGGCCAGCCAACAGAGGGGCCAGCUGGCCAAGGGGGGCCAGGCCCUGCAGGUCCCCGCCGUGGCCCUCUACCCAUCCCGGAAGAAAGUGCCAGUCAAGGAUCUGCCGCCUUUUGGCACCAACUCCCCUCAGUCUCUGAAGAAGAUCCUGUCUCUGUCGGAGGAGGGGAACGAAAGGCACCGGAGGCAGCCAGAGGACACCGUGUCCAACGCCUCCUCCCAGCUCUCCUCCCCUCCCACCUCCCCACAAAGCUCACCCAAGAAGGGUUACAACGCCUACUCGGACUCUGGUAACAGUGAGAUCUCCUCUCGCUCCAGCCUCGUCAGUAACUCCUCCUUCGACAUGGCGCAGGACGAGAGGAGGCUCCGUCACUCUGGAGUCGGGGAAUCCAACAUCGUGGGACAGCGGCUGGAACGAAGGGCAACAACCGACUCCGACCAGUACAGCCUCGGGUCAUAUUCAUCGAUGCAGGACUGUCGGGGCAUUUACUCCGGCUGCCCCACGGUGCUCUCCUCCCCCAGCUCAGAGGAGCUGACCCAGGAUCAGGGCGAUCGAGUCUCCCUGGACGCUGCAGACAGCGGGCGCGGCUCCUGGACGUCCUGCUCCUCGGGUUCCCACGACAACAUCCAGACCAUGCAGCAGGGCCGCAGCUGGGAGACUCUGGCCUUCGGUGGAGGCGGAGGAGGGGGGCUGCCUCCUGGAGGUCCGGAGGCCCUUUUAGGGGGGCACGCUGCUCUGUGGGCAGCCCAGGCCAGGGGCAGCUGGGCUUCAGCUAGCUCCUCCUCCUCCUCAGCUGCGUACUGGGGGGAGGACUCUGAGGGAGACACCGGCACCAUCAAGAGGAGGGGGGGGAAGGACGUGAACGCCGACGCAGAGACGAGCAGCAUCACCUCCACCGGCUCAGAGGAGGCCAAGCACCUGGGCCGGCCCUCCCCCUCACCCAUCACCACCGGGGGGAAGGGACUGCUGACACGGAAAGAGAGUCGUUACCGCGAGCCCCCCCCGACCCCCCCCGGCUACACGGCCCUCACCAUCUCCGACCUGGCUGACGGGCAGCACCCCCCCCCAGCUGUCCCCGCGUCCACGGCUCCGCACACAGGCCGCCGGCCCCCGGACUACUCCACGGCUCUGCAGCGCUCGCGCAUGGUCACCCAGUCGCCCGACUCCCACCAGGCCCAGCAGGGGGCCAAGCAGCGGGCGGGGGGCCUCCACCGCACACGCUCACCGGCCGAGGAGCAAGAGGCUCAGGAGGAAGAGGAGGGUGAGUCCUUGUCUUCCAAACUAGUCGCUCUGAGGAAGCCAAAGCCACAGCGUACACGCGAGACUCCCAGGCUCUGAGAGUGUGUGUGCGGGGGUUAACAGGCAGGGCCCCUCUCCCCAAGGCAGAGGAUGAACAGGUGUCAGCGGUCUGAGGGACAGCGGACGUCCUUCUGCAGUAAACCGAAGUCCCCCUGGUUUUGGGGUGGGGGGGCAGGAUUUAAGAGACUGACAGACCAAUGGACUAUUCAUCAUCAGUUACGUACGUGCCUGCCUCCUCCACUCGGCUCUCCCUCCUGAUUGGUGGAUUCCUCUGCUCGUCUCCCUCCCCUGCCUUAAAGCAUCAUCGGGGGUUGACUGACCCUGCAUGCAAAAAAUACUGUGAAGAAGAGAAGGAGAGAAAAAGACGAGGACAAAACGCCUGGCACUUUGGAUAAAAAGACUACAGAAAUAAAACUGGUGCUGGGAGGAGGGGUCGACCUGGCCCCACACACACACACACACACACACACACACAGAUGUUGCUGUGGGAGACAAACACAACACAACAGCAUCAUGACGUGUCGAACUUCAUCUGCACUUUGUCAUUUUCUACUUUCGGAGAAACAGAACAAAUAAAAACAAAGCAGACUUGAGGAAACACCUUCCCGUUAGAUUUCAUUUUUUUUUUUUGUGUUAUUUUCUCGGACUGAUUGCACUCUUGGCGGCCGAAAACAAUUGAAACUGAGUUGGCCCAGGACUGAAACAACCCAUCUUACGAGUGUUUUGAACUCUGCAUCCAGUAUUAUCACAUGUGAAAGCUUAUCAAGUGUUGGUUUUUAAAUCAAAGCUGGGAGGAGAGCCUGGUAAAGAAGAGCCAACAUGCACAGUGUACUGACAAACACACACACACAUUUUUAAAAACAGCACUUUCAGCACAAUCCUAGAUGUUACCAGACAUUUGGCCCGAGUGAAUCAUAUCUGCGGAGCUCCUAUUGGUCAUAUCAAAGUCUUUUCCCUCAUCCUGUUGCUUGCUCCAGAGUAUAAUGUUUUCUGUGGGUGAUAUCAAAAAGCACGGAGGACAUUGAACCCCCCACGGAAAGCUGAGCGGACAUGUUGGACUCCAUCAGAGGAGAGAAUGAUGAUUUAACCCUGGAGGUUUUGCCCAAAUGAAAUGGAGCCUGGAAGAAGGUGAAUCAAAGCUGUGAGCAGUUAGCGAGCGCUCACUGACUUUAAGAAAAGUUGCCUCUCCUUCCUUUAUUUUAGCAUUAAGGGAUCACACAUCAGCAUAUUUCAGAAGCUGCCAACGUGUACAAUUGUGAGUGUACCUCUUAACUAUCUACCUUGUUACAGAUGAUCUUGUACAGAGUCUUAUAACAAACCCUUUGAGAAAAAUAUAUCCACAGAUUUGGCUUUUUUUCUUUUCUUCUCCUCCCUGAACAUAAUGCCACAUUUUGUGAAUGUCCAAAGCGCCUUACGAUGCCAUGAUUGCAUACAUUUCUUUGCAUGGUCGUUCCCGUCACAAAUCACCUUGUUUCAGGAGCAGUCUUGAAUCAAGCAAUAGUGGAGUGAAAUGCCUUAUUCAAGAUACAACCCAAUUCAAGAGACUUUUUGUGAAGACUCAGUACAAGAUGAAGCCAAGCAUUUUGUUUCUGUUUUGUUCUCCGCGUGGCUUCAGACUGUGGACACCUCUCUCUCUGCGGUCCCUUCAGAAACUCAUCCUCAGAAUCUCCUCUCCGUUACAUCGGCUCAGUGGACGCUGUAUGUAAGUCACAUUUCCUGCAUCCAGUUUUUCCACUAUUGGAAGUGACUGAUUUUUUUUUAAUUGUUUUGACUCCGGUGAGGAAGUUGACAUAUGAAGAAAACUUUUUUCAAGGCUGCCAAUCAGAACGAUCGUGAAUCCAGUUGUGAAAAGUACCGUUGUGUUUUCUUCCACACUGAGUCGCGCUGAUCACAUUGAUCAGUCUCGGAAACUACAGACUGAGAAAAAGAUGAAUGAGUGUUUCCCCACUGUGGUCUGUGACUAUACACUAAUGAUUUCCUGGGUUUCCCUUUUUUGUUAUCGUAAUUCUUUUUGUAAUGGCUGCAGAUAGAUUGUUAAUAAUUUGUUUGUAAUACGGUGGUGACAUGCAUCAUUCACUUUCAUCGAACUCUGAAGAUAAUGUGCAUAUUAGCGGGGCCGAGGCCUAUUUCUAAAAACAAAAAGUUGCACAAAAAUGUACAAGCGUAAAGAUAAGUGUAGUAGGUAGAACUGCUACUCCGUUUGGUGUGUGAUGUCAGUGAGAAAUGUACAUUUAGCUGGUGAUGACCUUCUUUUCUUCAUUCUUUCUUGUACUACUUUGACCUGUAUGUCUUUUAAAAAGACAAUUGGUGGAGUACGUAUCAGUUGUUUUUGUAUUUUUAAUACAAUAAUUGUAAAUAUUGGUUAUAUUUUUGUUCAAAUGUACUAUGUUUAUGCCUCAACAUCCAGUUUAUAUGAAGCUGGGAAUCAAUAAAUACUGCAUAAAGAAUCAACACAUAGGUUUAAAUGCACUUAUUCAUUUCUUCUGCAUUUCGAUGUCUUUCUUUUUCCAUUUCCUUUAUUUUCCUUCAGAGGAUUUCUCCCCGGAUACCGUCUAGUGUUUGCACAAGUCAUGGAAGCAACUUGAAAAGUGUAACUCUCAUACUUUUCUAUCUGACCGCAGUGUGUCAGAAUUAAUAAAAAAGAGAUAUUGAAGUCU